GGCGGCGCAGGGGGCGGGCGGCGGCUCCUGGAGGCCAGCGAGCGCUUCGCCGCCGGCUACAUCCAGUGCAUGCACGAGGUGCACACCUUCGUCUCCAGCUGCCCCGGCAUCGACGCCACCACGGCCGCCGAGCUGCUCAACCACCUGCUGGAGUCCAUGCCCCUCAGCGAGGGCGGCCGCCCGGCCUCGCUCACGGACGCUUUGGCGGAGCCCGCGCUCGGCGCCUGGCCCGCGGGCGGGGCGCUGGCCCUGCCGGCCGCAGCCCGCCCGGGGCCGGCCCUGCCCUGCCCCGCGGACGAGACCUGCUCCGACUCGGACGAGGCGGAGGCCGAGCCGGGCCGGACCGGCACCGACGGACUGGACGCGUCCCAGACGCAGGGCCUGGCCUCGCCCAAAUCCAUGUGGAGACCCUGGUAACAGCGGAGGGGAGGGCAGGCUGCCCCCCCGCACACACGCGUGUCGAGCGUGUCUGCCGCUGUGUGAGUGCCUGUCUGUCUGUCCGUGAGUGUCUGUCUGUCUGUCUGUGUGUGGUGCGCUGGCACUGGGGGCUCGGGCUCUCUGACGCUGUCACACCCUGACAGCCUAAUAGCGAACGCCUUCACAUUUCAUCCCUGCGUGUUUUGUAACUUCAGGGGUUGUUUUUACGGGAGGAUGGGGGGAAGGAGGGAAGGGGUUUGUAGUAGCAAAGCUCUCUGGUGGAGACAGUUUGGUUUGUUUUUUUUUUUUAUAACCCUGGCUCUUCUUGGCCCUUAGAAGCGGCCCAAACACCACUACCUUUUAAGAAAAAGCCCUCGUGCAUUUUAAAUCGUGGUAGUUAAUUCCAGGAGAAGCUCCCGCUAAGUCUGUAUGCACGGUUUUAAGUGUUGUAGCGAUAGCACAGACCCCUGAAAGGUGUCACUGUGGGUAGCAUCUGUACCUGGUAGCAGCCUAAAGCCUCACCUUUAGGGAAGGGAGAGAAAACUAGAAACCUGGUGGAAUUAGACAAACAUUUUAAAAGAUGAUGGUGGCAGGGUGCCUUUUAGAAAGGAGUGUCUUUAUGCACGUUUUGCUUUUAGCACAUUUGAGUUUGUGAUUUUAUGUAUAUUAGGGUGUCAAAUGUUUUUUAUUUUUAAUCUUUAAUAAAAAAACCCUGAGUUCACACCGUGGCAUAUAUUGUGUAAUGUGAUGAGCUUCUAACCCGUUUGAAAACAUUUAAAAUAGAGCUCCCUCUUGUUGGCUCUUAACACCAGUAUGUGCAUAUCAUGGAAACAAUGCUGGUAAUUAAGCACUUAAUUCUUCUACUAAGCAUUGUUAACUUAACUAUUGGAAUUCAAAUAUUUCUUUUGUUUAAUUCUAGUUGACACUGAGGUUUAUUGCACGAGCAAGGUCGUACUGGCUGAGGUUGGUCUUAGGCCACAGAGUUUGGGGCUGGUUGGCCUAGAUGCCAGCCUCAAACCUACUCUGCUUGAUCUGCCAUCUGAAGCGUUGCUCACACAUGCACAGCCCUAACUUCAGAAGUGCUAGGCAAAUCCUGGCCUGGGGCAUAACUCACAGGGGGUGGUUUGCUUUUUGAGUGUUUUUUUGUUGGUGGAGAGCAAAAAAAAAAAAGGUCUCGAUUGAACAGAGUGUGCAGUGGAUUUGGAAAGUUCUUUAAUGUUUCUGGGGGCUUGGAGGGGGACCCUUGGCAUUCUGAUCCAUGAGGUUUGAGCCCUCCUGGUUCCUGCUUUGGGGACAUGCCAGGUUAUUUAUGCUGUGAUACAAUACCUUUCAGGGAGCUGUCAUUGUAAAGAGGAAAAAAGGGUCUUAAAUACAUGGAAGUUCCCAAACAUAGAACAAGCAAGAAAGGAAGCAACCCAACAGACCAAGGGACUAGAGCUGUAGCUUUGUUAAUAACCCCACGGAAUAAUAAAAACAGAAACUGAAGCGCUAGCACGGCCUUUCCUUUGCAGUUUUCUUUACCUGAGGUGGGUGUUCUUGUUCAAAGGUGUCCAUCUGAAUGUUUGGUCCUUCUCCUCCCCUGUUGUGCUAAAUUGCCUUUGAACUGGAGGAGAGGGGCAAAGCCCAGCUGAGCAAGGGGAGCAGAGAGCCUCUGUGGUGACCUUUCUGCUUUAGGGAGGGAGGUUGGGGGUUUGGAGUGUAAAUGAAGCCUGGGACACUUGCACCAAAACUAGCACCCCACACACCUGAUGACCUCUUCGACCAAGGCUGCACCUCUCUAGCCCCAGCCCAAGUCCAGGUUUAUUUAUAUCAAAUUCCCUCAGGUCUGACAUCUUUUGUGAUACAUGGCUCUCCCCUCUUAGCUCAGAGCUGCAAGGGCAGUUCACACACAGCCCCUCACCCUGUGCUGG